AUGCUACAAUUAUGUAAAACCCUUAAAGUCCCUUGCAAAAAGCUGAAAGAUUUAACUAAAGUGUCAAAUCUACUGAAAAUGGAAAGAGCACAGCACAGAGCUAAUGAAGAAGGUCUGGCAUUAUUGCAGAAAGAAGUAGAUAAAGUAGUAGAAACCAUAGAGUCAAUGACUGGGAAUAUUCAGAGCCUAAAGAACAAAAUUCAAGUUCAAAGUGAGGUGGAAGAAGAGGAGGAGAAAGUAAAACAGAUGUUUCAAAUAGAUAGUGGGAUACUCUGUCUUCCAGAACUUUCUCAGAAGAGUCUCAAAGCAGUCACACUUCAGAAAGAAAUUUUGACAUCAAUUUCAAACCAUAAAGCUCUUCUGAGAGACUUAGAUGUUCUCCAUAACUCAUCCCAGAUGAAGAAUAUGUUAACUUUCAUUGAAGAAGCCUAUAAGAGACUGGAUGCCCUUUAAGAGUUUUUUAGUCUGCUCUGUAUUAAUUUAAAGUUUAUGAGAUUGUAAAACUUAGCCUAUGAUGAUACCGCUGAAGCUGAGGCUUCUCUGGGAUUUAUUUUCAACAUACACUUAACAUUAGCCUCUGUAGAUCUAUUAGCAUCUAAUGUAGUUCUAAAAACUGUUUUUAAUUGUUGUCAAAUCUAGCAACUCACAUUUCUGAUGCUGUUUAUCCGGUGAUUUUCCUGAGCUACACUUUAAUGAUUUAUAAUGGAUGAAUGGAGUUCUUUUAUUGAUUAGUGCAGAGGAACUGUGAUACUGUAAUGCAAUAUAUGUAAAGUGCAUAGAGUUCCUAGUACAUAAAAACACAAUUGU